UCAUAGCUCCGCAACAUGAUUUUCGUUUGUCUUUUUAUUAUUGUGUCCCAUCUAAUAAGUAGCACCUUCCAAAAAUAGGACAGUAAAGUAGGCGAAUCGAAUAUAUCGAAGAAAACAUCAAAAUAGUCAAAAGUAUGGGCUCUUUUUUAUGCACUGAUAAAGGAAACUGAACAAAGGCAGAUGCAGAAAAUCCAGUUCCUUCUAAAAAUUGAGAUCCAGAAAUCGAAUUUCUCUGCCUAUUUCAUCAAGGAUGGUCUAUUUUCAAAAAGUUCGAUUGAGCUGAGAACUGGAGAGGUCUUUUUAUUUUAUGUACCUUUGAUGGGUUAUGCUGGAUAGAUGAACUCUAUUUCAAAAGGUUAGGCAAUGUUUAUCUUUCAAGAUUCGGCCACGACAUUGUCUUGUCCUUAGAUGUGGUUUCAUCAUUACAUAUCUUUGAGUAAAUUUUUUGAUUGAUAUCCUCAUCGAGUUCUUAUGGGAAACUCCUUUAAUCCCACACCUGGGACAAAGUCUACAGUCACAACUGCUAUCGCUACCAAAAAUGAAGCUAAACAGCACAUCAUUUCUUCUGGCUCGAACUCUUUUGCAAAUGUAAGACAGAUUGAUCUGAUAAAAUAUGGGAAGCAGAGAAAAGGAAGUGGUAAUCAGUUAGUUUUGUUUCUGGUUAAAGUUGCUGCCUUGGAGGCUGUGCGGAGGAUUUCAAGGUCCAAAUGCCCAUUGGUAUGGUCUGGCCUGCAAGCUCUGCAAAUUGUGUGCUACCCCCCAAUGAAAUGGAUACAAAGAUGGAACCCGUUUAGGGUUCUGAUUGAAGGCAUGCAGAUCCUAUCGCGGCCACUGCUAGUGCUAUCUAUAGCUACAGCAUUUUCUGAUCAUUCAGAAUUCAAUAAUGCUACCUCAGAUAACACUCAAGUUUCCCCGGAAACCAAUGAUUCUCAUGCUGAUUCAGAAUCUCAGCUAGAAGUCUCUUCUGAGCAGUCUAUCCCAAGUGAAAGGGUUGGCAAUGAAGUUUCCCAAAGUCUGUCUUCCAGUAGUUCUGCAAGUUGGUUGCAUCAGCUUUACAAAGAUCUGGAAAAGCAAGGAAUUUUCUUGCCAGAGAGAAUUGAUGAAGAGGAACUCCAUCAAUUUUUUUCAGCUGCAGAUGGAGAUUUUUCUCGCUUUCUUUCUUCAGUGAAGAAGACAAUUCGUUGGAGGGAGACAUACAGAAUUCUUUCCAGACAAGAACUUGAAGUGUGGUCAAAUAUGGUCUUUUGGCAUGGAUUUGAUGUGCAGAGUCGACCAUGCCUCAUCGUCCGUCUUGGCUUAGCGUGCAUCAGCUUGCCAUCUCGUGACAGACCUUGCUUUGCGCAAGCAGUUGUAUCACAGGUAGAGCAUGGGGUUCUUCAUUUGAUGGACCCGCAAAUUUCUCAAAUUACUGUUGUGGUAGACUGUGAAGGACUAUCUCCACUGAGACUUCCCAUGCAAAUGCUGAGAUCCUGUUCUACUCUCUUGCAAAAUCACUUCCCCAACCGUCUAGGCUGCUUAUUCAUUAUACGCCUUCCACCUAUUGUUCGAGUUGUCGCACAAACCUUUGUGCAAGUUUUCAAACCAGCCACUCGGCAAAAAUUGAGAUUUGAAGGGGAAAUGUACCAAAAGGUUCUUUCAGAGUUUUUGCAAACACUCCCAUCUUAUCUCGGUGGACAGUGCAGAUGCUCAAGAUGUGCUAGUUUUGACAUGAGCAAGAUGCAUAAUACUGGCGUGAAUGACCAUCCAGAGACAGUGAUAACUGAAAUUAUUAACAAUCCACUGGAUCUAACAUCGGUCCAUUCAGGUGAACAGACUGAAAUUCCAACGAACUAUAACUGUGACCAGGUCCUAAGAAAGGUUGUGAUAAGUAUCCUUUUGUUCUGGGUUUUGGUUGCUUUCAUUGCUGGAGUAUAUGAUCCAGAAAGUCGUCCCAUUCUACCUCCUUGAGCUCAUCAUAUUAAAUUCAUGAACUUCUCAUUGCACGCAUGUGUAGCUAGUAUUUUCUGCAGGGUAGUGGGUAUCUAUCCAAGUCCAAUAUUUGUCUACUGGAAUGGUAUGUUUUUUUGGUGCUUGUCCGUAAAAUUUCUUAUGCGUCUAAUUUUUCUCAUUUGAAACAGAAAUUUUGACAGUUUUCAGUGUAAAUUAUGCAAUAACAAAGUCGUGAAAAGACCAUCUUCAUCUGGUAUAAGCAUUGCCAAGUGCGCCAGGUUCCAUCACUUGUUUGCAUUUAGGUGCGCAUGGAGGAAAAUGUUGAAAGUUGGAAACAUGAGUCUCUAUGUGUGAAAGCUGAACUGAAGGGCAUAAAUCUUUUCAGUGUCAUUUAUAGUGUCUGUCUCAUCAUUUCCCCCUCUUAAAAGUAGCACCAUAAAUCAUCAUUUCAAAAGUAUGAAGCGUUGAUUUAAUUCAUCUUGUACACCAUUUAAAAGUAGGUGUUGCUAACUCAAUUCUGACACAGGUUUUUUCUU